AAAAAAUAAGAUAAAAGUAGUCCAACCGAAGUUGAUGCCGACUCGGAAUUGGACAGUAAAAAAACAGUAAAGUUUUCCCCCAAAAAAAUGGAAAAUUUAUCUCCGACAGCCAUGUUUUGUUGACUUGGGUUGAGCAGAGCACCACCUUCCAUCUCCGCCUUCCAGAAACGAAGCAGACCUUGUCGCCAUUGAUGCCUCCACAGCAAGGCAUGUAAAAGGAGACAUAUGAGCUGAAGUGGCUCAAUCAUCAUGGAAUCCUGCAACUGCAUUGAGCCACAAUGGCCGGCUGAUGAAUUGUUGAUGAAGUAUCAAUACAUCUCUGAUUUUUUUAUUGCUCUCGCAUAUUUCUCCAUCCCUUUGGAAAUCAUCUACUUUGUCAAGAAAUCUGCGGUAUUUCCAUACAGAUGGGUUCUUGUUCAGUUUGGUGCUUUCAUAGUAUUGUGUGGAGCUACUCAUCUUAUCAAUUUGUGGACUUUUACUAUGCAUUCAAGAACGGUAGCAGUCGUAAUGACCACUGCUAAAGUUCUAACUGCUGUGGUGUCAUGUGCAACUGCCCUCAUGCUUGUACACAUUAUUCCGGAUUUGUUGAGCGUUAAAACUAGAGAGCUGUUCUUGAAAAACAAGGCUGCGGAGCUUGAUAGAGAGAUGGGACUUAUUCGUACACAAGAGGAAACAGGUCGACAUGUCAGGAUGUUGACCCAUGAGAUCAGAAGCACCCUUGAUAGACGUACCAUACUCAAAACCACGCUUGUCGAACUGGGGAGGACUUUGGCACUGGAAGAGUGUGCUUUGUGGAUGCCAACACGAACUGGGUUAGAACUUGAACUUUCUUACACUCUCCAUCAGCAGAAUCCAGUUGGAUAUACUGUGCCCAUUCAUCUUCCUGUGAUUAACCAAGUCUUUACUAGUAACCAUGCGAUAAAGAUCUCUCCAAAUUCCCCAAUAGCAAGACUACGGUCUCUUGCUGGAAAAUACAUGCCUGGAGAGGUUGUUGCUGUUCGAGUCCCACUUCUACAUAUCUCUAAUUUCCAAAUUAACGACUGGCCGGAACUUUCAGUAAAACGCUAUGCGUUGAUGGUCCUGAUGCUUCCCUCAGAUAGUGCAAGGCAAUGGCAUGUCCAUGAGUUAGAACUGGUUGAAGUGGUUGCUGAUCAGGUGGCAGUUGCCCUUUCUCAUGCUGCUAUAUUAGAAGAGUCAAUGAGGGCAAGGAAUCUUCUAAUUGAGCAGAAUGUUGCCCUUGAUCUGGCCAGGAGGGAAGCAGAAACAGCAAUUCGCGCUCGCAAUGAUUUCUUGGCUGUUAUGAACCAUGAGAUGAGAACUCCUAUGCAUGCAAUUAUUGCACUUUCUUCCUUGCUACAAGAAACAGAGCUGACUGCUGAGCAACGCCUGAUGGUUGAGACAAUAUUAAAGAGUAGCAAUCUUUUGGCUACACUCAUAAAUGAUGUAUUAGAUCUUUCAAGGCUUGAAGAUGGAAGCCUUCAACUUGACAUAGGCACUUUUAACCUUCAUUCUGUAUUCAGAGAGGUCCAUAACUUAAUCAAGCCUGUUGCAUCAGUCAAAAAGUUGAUGGUUAUGUUAAACUUAGCUCCAGAUUUGCCAGUAUAUGUUGUUGGUGAUGAAAAACGCCUUAUGCAAAUUCUUUUAAAUGUUGUUGGUAAUGCUGUCAAGUUCUCAAAAGAGGGCAGCAUCUCAGUGGCUGCUUUUGUUGCGAAAGUAGAAUCCUUAAGAGAUUUUCGAGCUCCGGAUUUUUUUCCAAUGCCAAGUGAUUGUCACUUUUAUUUGCGUGUACAGGUCAAAGAUUCUGGAUCAGGAAUUAACCCCCAAGAUAUUCCUAAGUUAUUCACCAAAUUUACUCAAACUCAACCAUUGGCAACUCGAAAUUCUGGUGGUAGUGGACUUGGUCUAGCAAUCUGUAAGAGGUUUGUAAAUCUUAUGGAGGGACAUAUAUGGAUUGAGAGUGAAGGUCUUGGCAAGGGAUGUACUGCCAGUGUCAUUGUGAAACUUGGAUUUCCUGAGCGAUCAAAUGAAUCGAAGCCGCCUUUUGCACCUAAGGGUCAAGCUAAUCAUGCUCAAACAAAUUUUCCAGGGCUGAAAGUUAUUGUUAUGGAUGAAAAUGGGGUUAGCAGGACCGCAACGAAGGGGCUUCUUGUGCACCUUGGAUGUGAUGCAACAACUGUAAGCUCAAGUGAUGAAUGCUUGCGUGUUGUUUCUCAGGAACACAGGGUAGUUUUCAUGGAUGUGAACACCAAUGGUUAUGAACUUGCAGUCCGGCUACAUGAAAAAUUCGCAAAACGCCAUGAAAGACCAUUAAUAGUAGCGCUUAUCAGUACCACAGACAAGGCCACCAAAGAGAACUGCAUGAGGGUUGGUAUGGAUGGAGUUAUACUUAAGCCUCUUUCAGUUGAUAAAAUGAGGAGUGUUUUAUCUGAAUUACUAGAACACCGGGUUCUUUUGGGGCCAAUGUAACCUAUAGCAAAACUGACUACACGAGGCAAUUCUAAAGCUGAACCCAAAAAAAAAAAAAAAAAAAAAAAAAAAAUUGGAGAAAGGAGGAGACGAGAGCUUCUUCAAACGAUUUUUACGCUAUCUUGUACAUACCGUAUGGUAUUGUAUCAAUAGAUGGAAGAUGGAGCUAUUGGUGCAAAUAAUUGGAUAUUAGAUUUUUAUGUAAUUAUUGUUUUGCAUCUUGGCAGAAAAUUAUAUAUAUGCAAAUGUAUCAGUGAACAGAUUUGUGUGGGAAAUAAUGCCCACCUUGUUGAAGAAAUUGGUUUCUGUUUUGCCCAGCUAAAAAAAUUAAUGUUUUCUCCAAAUGGUUAUAUUUCAAUGAAA